GACCCUCUUGACGUCAGAGUGGUCUAGAGCAUCAAGGCCACUUCCAAAACCCUAUUGGUCUGAAAAUCACAUGACGGGGCGCCUUGAAUCCAUAAUUAUGUUGCCGAUAUUUUUCGCUCCCCCCCACCUUCCAAAAGAUGUCAGCGUCCUACUGUCCUUAUCCAUUUCGACAUAAACGAGGCUGCUUUAAAACAUAAGAUCAACACGCCCAAGUCAGCAAAAUGUCAUGUCCGAACAACGUGGCAGCCGGCUCGUUUCUCAUGGAUUCGCUGGUGGGAGAAACGUCUCCAUAUAGAAGUGAAGGAUAUUCUGCUAACUCUGGGAUGUACAUCUCAACGUCCGCAGAAUAUGGCUGUCAGAUGAUGAGAAAUUUAGGCGUCGCUGGUGUGCCUCACUCCAAACGGGACGAGCUGCCACCGAGCACCCUGCUAAUCAGCGGCUAUGAGCACGCGCAUUACCUGUCGCAGCGGGACGCCUGGACGACCGCCUCCAAAACUUACAGAGGUGCCCAACCUGUUGCCCAGCCUUUGCACCCAUGCUCUUUUACAAGCAGCGGCGUCAAGGAAGAGGCUUUACCUUGUUUGUAUCAGUCUGAUAUCGAUAGUCCCAAGGAGUCUACCGACUCCUCUACCUAUAUCCGCCUGGGAGACAAUAGCAACCAGACUGAUCAAAGUGGCGUCUCCUCCGCUGGCUAUUUCCGAGGGAACCAGGUGUAUACAACUGAAAGGGUGCGCGAAGAAGAAAGGUUCGACUCGGACUUUAAUAGUAUUUCAAGAAUAACAGCUCCCACAGAGGCACGAGCCGCAGAUUCGUAUGUCAAGAGCAGUAAAGACGCAACGGGCGAGGAAGCGAACGCGGAGGAUCAUCGUAUGGAUAAGAAACAGCAGCUGAGGAAAGAGGACGGCGGCCCGAAGAACGACAGCUGUACAGAUGAUUCUGAGAGCGAAUUGAAAGAUGAAGCAAAGCUGGAAAACACAACGGGAAACUGGCUAAAAGCUAAAAGUGGACGGAAGAAGAGAUGUCCAUACACAAAGCAUCAGACACUUGAGCUUGAGAAGGAGUUCUUGUUCAACAUGUACUUGACUCGAGAGCGCCGUCUGGAGAUCAGCAAGAGUAUCAACCUCACAGACAGACAGGUCAAGAUUUGGUUUCAGAACAGAAGGAUGAAACUGAAGAAGCUUAACAGGGAAAGUCGGGUCCGAGAGCUAACGGGCUACAACUUCAACUGAAGACAGAAACAAAAAAAGCAACACAAUUACUUUUAUUCAUUUUUUUCAAUACCUCGAACUUUCACACACACGCACGCACGCGAGCGAGCGAGCGUGCACACACACGCACACACACACACGCACAGACAGACAGACAGACACAGACAGACAUCGUUUGCAUCUCGGCAUAUAGGCCUAACAUAAUGCUUCCGCUCAGACUGCCGUGAUUGUGUAAAUUAGCGCACAUUAAAGGAUCCUCUGCUCGUUCAAACAUAGGGCAUGUCUUGCUACAUGAGCUAUCUACCUAAUGUCUUAGAUUAGCUUGUUUGUCCUUAGUGCGCGUGUCCUAUAAACAGUGCAUACUAUGUACUUUGCAUGCCUACUGUUGAUUUGUCAAUUUCAUUUUUAAUUCGACAGAGUGUUAAAUAAAAGGGGGUUGGGAAAUAUAAUGUUCUUGCAUCUCCUUCCCCUUGUAUAUCCUCUUUAGCUUUCUGUUAAGAGCGAGAAAUAACAGUGAGAGAGAGAGAGAGAGAGAGAGAGAGAGAGAGAGAGUGCAAGAGAGAGAAAAGAUUGUAGCACUUCCAAUAAGUGGGAGUCCCCAUAACGUUGAUUUAAAUAUUAUCCAGGUGACCACAGUAAGUCAAGGUCAUAAAAUUGUAAUGUCAUGACGGUCCUGCAAAGCGCUGGGGGUGGAUUUUAUGAUCUGCAAAUAUAAUGUGCUGGUGCAGUAAAGAUGCAUUAAAAAGAGGAGUGGAGGAAGGCUAUUCCACAUACCCGGGUUUGCAAUGUGCUGGCCUCACUGGCGCGCUCUGCGGGCUGUUAUAGAGGCAGGAAGCCUCUUUAAUGGCUAUGGAGAAACACAACGUUUACACACCAGCCAGUCGACAUGGAUGUACGAUAAGCAUCAGCAACAAUAGCAACAACAACAACAACAACAACAACGAUGACGACAGCAACAGCAACAACAAUCAAUCAAUCAGUCAAUCAAUCAAUCAACCAACCAAUCAAUCAAUCAGUGGAUCAUAUCAUAUACAGAUAAGCAGAGUUCAAGACAAGCUGGAAAGGACUGGUUUGGAGGACUUAAGAAAAUCAUAACUUCUGCGCUGACUUGUUAAUCAGGUGCUGAUAAUACUAACAAGAGAGCAUUAUGGAGACUGGGACUGUGUCUUCCUCC